AUGCUAACAAUGAUGCUCCUAAGCAGAACAGUUCCGAAGCUGCUUAUUCUUUGUCAGGGCACGAUAUUUCUGCUGGUUGUCGACUGUCUCACGUCACGACCCGGUCACGACGCAUUGUUUCCGGCAAUUUUGGCCAUAUUCGCUAUCUACACACAAUUGACAUUACCAUUUUAUCUGGUACUCGGUGGCACUGUCAUACUUUCUGUAAUUCAAACAUGCACCUUUGUGCUAUUCUCACUGCCAAUCAAGACAAAUGAGCUUCUCGCGACUGUGGUUGUGCACGUGUGGUGCCAUUUCCUUGGUCUCUAUCUUCACUUAUCCGUCGAUCGUCUAACUCGUUCCGCAUUUCUGAGUGGUCGAAAUGCCGUCGAAGCCGAACAUGCCGCUGAACGUCAGAGUAAUCGGCUUAGUCGACUUUUGGCUGCUUUCCUGCCUCAGCAUCUGAUUGCUGCAGCUCGUCUACAAAUUGCUACGAAUAAUCCACAUAUCUUCGCUGAACAUUAUCAACAAGUCACAGUCGCUUAUGGACGUUUGAUAGGUUUCGAGGCAGUUCUGUCUCAAUGCUCAUCACUUGAUGCCGCAAGGGUUCUCAAGGAGAUCGAGCUGCGCAUAGAUCGAUUGUGUGAUUUGAACGGUUGCACCAAGGUAGCAUCGGAAGGAAUAACAGUGAUCUCGUCUAUCCCAGUGCAAGAUCCUUGUCAUGCUCUUAAUGUCGUUCGGUUCGCGCUUCAACUAGAAGCUCUUGUUGGUUCAUUUCGUGACGCUACCACUGCCGACGUCGCCGUAUGUGUUGGAAUCGACACCGGCUCAGUGUCAGCUGGAGUAGUCGGCGCUUCUAAAUGGCAUUAUGACCUUAUUGGAGUUACCGUAGAUAAUGCGAUUCUACUACAAAGUAACGCACCUGGCCAUGGCGUUUUCGUCACCGAAGAAACCAGACAUUUGAUAGAAGGUCAUUUUGCACUUGAACAUAUGGGCGAGGUCUGGCAUGUUUCUGGAGGAUCACCAGGACCAGAACUCUUCCCGGUGAAUAAAAGAUUCUCAAUGGUUACUGUACCUCAAGGCAUCAAUCGUCUUCUACAAACAUUGUCCACGUUUGUUGAUCCACAACUCAAAACCAUAGGAACUACGAAAAAGAGAAAAGCAAAACAACAAGAUGAAGACGACCAAAAGAAGGAUCCCUCAAGUGACAAAGGCAGUUUUAUGAACUCCUUGUCUCUACAAUUCAAGAAUGCUCGUCUCGAGACAGAGUUCCAUAAAGAAAUGGAUCACUGGUUCAUUCCUGCUUUGGCAAUCAGCAUCUUCUUCCUUGUAGUAUACGGUAUAUAUCACAUGUUGGUCAUGCCUAGGCUAAUCACAAGUCUGGCCCUGAUUGUCGUAGCCCUCACGCUGAUGUUUUUCAUACUAUUGAUGCUUUAUAUUAACUACUUCCAUAGCUUUUCGCAAUUUAUCACUCGCACAUCUCAUGGUCAUUCGCUUACAAUCUUGCUGAUCAUAGCCAUUCUGUUCCUUUGUGGAAUAGUGAAUACGUUCUCCUGUCCUCAACCAGAACAAGCAGACGUCUGCCAGACGAUUCACUUUGCCGCAUUCUCGUUCGCCAUGUGGAUCCUAACCACAGCAGUUUUCAUCCGAUUCUCGUCCGUGUACCUUCUUGGAGUUCUCACUUUUGCGAUCUUCAUCUACACUAUCCAAAUUUUCCUCACACAUCCACCAAUCGGACCACAAGAGUUCACUAUUGAGUUCGAUCUCUGGGUUGGACUAUCAUCGCUGGCAGCACUGGUAUUUCUACACUCGAGAAGAUGCGAAAAACUGAUGAGACUCGACUUUUUGUCUGUUGUGAAGGGAGUCGAAGAAUCAUCGUCAAAAGACCGUUUCCUCUUGCUGAACAGUCAAGUUUUGCUAAAUCUCGUACCUCCCCAUGUGGCUCCAUGGGUGGUGGCGAAAACUGGCGAACAAUGGCACCAUGCUCAUCAUUCAGUUGGUGUUGCCUAUCUAACCGUGUCUGGUUUCAAUCUGUGUGGCGAGCAGGGUUUGAAUGGCCUCAAUUACGUCUUCACAUCUUUUGAUCAGCAACUGAGCAACUUCCGUGGAAUUGAGAAAAUCAAAAGUGCAAAUCGCUUCUACAUCGUGGCAGUUGGCUUACUUCCGGAUGCUGCACAAAAUGUGAACGAAACUCCUUGGACCAUUGGUGAGCUGUUGCACACUUUGGCGCAGUUUCUACUCCAAGCAACCCAGUUUGCAACGGAAAAGGAAUUUCAAGUUCAGAUAGGUGUGGACUGUGGCAGUGCACUGUCAUUAGUAGCUGACACCGAUCAACCUCGUUACGAACUUUGGGGUGAGACUGUUGAACGAGCCCGUAUCCUGAUGCAAAGCGCCAGUCAUGGCAAAACGCUUGUCUCGGAGGAGAUAUUCCUAGCGCUCAGACCAAGAAAUUUGCAUUUCAGCACAAAACCUAUCAAGGUGAUUCCAAAUCUGAACGCUUACAUCCUCUACAGCACGGAGGACAGCACACAACUUGAGAGUAUGCCAAGAGAGGAGCAAGAGCGUCAUACUCAGGGCAUGUUCGAAGCAGCACAGCAGGUUGAGUCCCAGCUGACCUCCUCGAUGGCGUCAUCGUUCUCAUCUGAGCUGCAGUCAAUUGAAGGAGGUGGCGAAACAGACAGCGACAUAGAGUGGAUCACUCCUGAGACGGCUCUAAUGCAUCAGUCAACAUCAUCAUCGUACCAGUUUCGAGAACCCGUCAUUCCACUUCGAAGCAACUAUCGAAUGUCUGACUAUAACCCUUACAGGGAACCAUAUCGAGUACAGGACAUCGUCGAUCAGAGGUUUGUCGACAGCUAUAAGGGUGACCAUGCUGGUCAGUAUUCGGAUUGGUCCGAGCAGGAUAGCAGUAGAGCACCAAGCCGAGGCAGCCAAAAAAAGCGGCGAUGGCGGAGAGGCUCUUCGAAGUCAUCGCUACGACAUCCGUUUUCGUGGAUGAAGCGGGGCAACUCCACCGACUAUGACGAUUCAUUGGCCGAUCCAGCCGAGCGACUCGAAGCAGCAGCGAACAGAGUUGAUCGCAUGCUUCAAGAGCUCAAUGCUUAUGGAGAUUUUGCCGAUGUCAAGCCUCUAGAGUAUCGCCUAUUCCCCACUGCUUAUGGCUCUAUGAAGUCUGUAAACCGAGCCAUGUCAUCCGCUUGUCACACUGAGUACGACAACGCGGAAUCGGAAGCCGCUCUAUCCGAUGUAGAGCAAAAUGCGAAUGGAAAGAGAACUCAAGAGAAAAAACGAAGAAGACGGUGGCGUUCGCGAAAACCCGAAGACGCUGAUGUCGAAUCGCAGUGCAGUAGCGUGGCCAGCAGCAUGGAUCUCGAUCCUCUGCGUUGGAAGUCCGUCCAUUCGAUUGGUUACGAGAACGAAUAUGAGAUGCAAUCUGAUAACGAAGGCUUGGCCAUCGAGGAGAUGAAAGCACUAUCCCGAGACAUUCGAAAGAACUUUGGUGACUUCAAACUGGCCACUUUUGACGAUAUCGACCAGGAUUAACGAUUUGUUCUGGCCCGUUAUUGCAUCUCAACCUUGAAAUCCCAAUGACGCUCAUGAUUUCAACUUUUCUUACGGGUAACUAAAGGAGUGCGCAUGGGUUCGUUUUCGAGAAUGC